CUCCUGAGCCUUUGACACCUAUGUUACCUCCUGUUGGCCUUAAAGCUAUAGUUUUGUCUUCCUCAACAGUUGUUUUGUAUUGGACAGACAGUACUUUAUCUAGGAAUCAAUUAGUAACUGAUAGUCGCUAUUACACAGUGAGAUAUAGUACAUACACUAGUUCAAGUCCGAAAUAUCGUUACUUCAAUUCAACAGAUUUGAACUGCAUGAUUGAUGAUUUAAGGCCAAAUACUCAAUAUGAAUUCAGUGUGAAAGUUGUAAAAGGUACAAGAGAGAGUACAUGGAGCAUGAGUGUAAUAAACACUACUCAAGAAGCUGCACCAUCUUCACCACCCAGAGAUUUAACUCUCAUUCCAUCUGAGGAUGAUUCUUCUUCUGUUAGUUUGCAAUGGCAGCCACCUAAGCAGCCGAACGGACAAAUUACAGGUUAUGUAGUGUUUUAUACUACUGAUAAUACUCAACGAGACAGAGAUUGGGUAGUGGAAGGAGUAAUUGGCGACAAAUUAUCAGCAAUUAUAAGCAACCUCAUGCCAGAUACAACAUAUUAUUUUAAAAUACAAGCAAGAAAUACAAAAGGAUAUGGACCUCUAUCAUCUGAAGUAGUAUAUAAAACACCUCCAGGUUUGGCAAACAAUUUUUUGUACAUAAUCAUUGCUGCAGUCUCAGGAGGAGUUGUCGUAAUAAUCCUCAUAAUAAUAGUUUCCAUAGUUUGCAGAAAGAAACAUAAUGCUUAUUUGGCACCUGUACAGAAAAAUAGUAGAUAUGCAGGACCUAAAGCAACAGCUCGGGAGCUGAAACCUCCAGAUUUAUGGAUUCAUCAUGAUCAAAUGGAGUUAAAAGAAAAAAUUAGGCAAGGAGACCAUUCAGGAUUGCCUCGAAAUCCACACGAAGCAGACGUUAUGAUCGACAUCAUGGAAAAAAAGAAAGGUUCUUACAUAGAUGAUAUGGCUGCAUUAGUAGAUGGAAUGUGUGAUACUAGUCCCUCCAGAGUAAAAUCAUUUUUAAUACAUCCAGAAAAUUUCACCAUACCUCCACCUCCUCCCACUUUAUCAGCGACAACUCCAGUACCCAAUGGCGGUUUAGAGUCACCAUAUGAAAUGGGAUCUAGUGGCUUGGCCAGACCAGUCUAUCCAAGGACACAGUACAACAUUCCUCAUGCCCAUGUGACAAUAGAUGCUGCGCAUCCCGGUUCAUCUUCAUCAACCCUUGCAUCCCCAUCUGCUCGCACUCAUCAUCCAUAUGAUCAAGUAACAUCUCCCACUCUCCACAUAACACUUGGUGGUGCAUCUGUGCUGGGCACAGGUCAACAUGCCACUUACUCCAGCAACACCAACACAACUGCAGAAUCCACAUCUGCAUCAGGGACUCUGAGCAAAAAACCACCAAAUCAUUCUCUUAAGUCUUUCAGUGUGCCAGCACCACCUUGCCAAAGUGCCCCAACAACACCCCAACCAAGGCAUAUAGUCAAACCUCAACAAGUUGCCAGUCCUCAGAAGAAGCUUUUAGCUACCGGUGGUCCAUCACCUGCAACGCCUUCAUCUCAACAGUCCACUCUAAAAUCUCGGCCUUCAACGAUGCCAAGACAUCAGGAUGGUGGCUGCAGUGACAGGGAGGACCUGCCUCCUUCUUACAGCACUGAAGACCUAAGUGUUGAAAUGGCCAACUUAGAGGGUUUGAUGAAAGAUUUAAAUGCCAUUACAGCAUCAGAAUUUGAAUGCUAGAAAAGCAUUUUAAAAUGACUGAUAUACUUUCAUGAAGCAAAAAACAUUUUUGUGAAGUUGCGUUGAGAUGAAUUCUAUGCAUAACUAUCUGUGCCUGUGAUUACAAUAUACUUUGAUAGUUUUUAGUCAUUUGACUGAGUGCACUAUGCAUUUAUCUCAUAUAAAAACUAAUUUUCACAAGCAAAUGUGAAAAAAAAAGUGUUGAUAUUUCAUUGGUGGACAAGGGAAGAGACAUGUUGUAUAAAUAUUCAUACAUCUGUAAUUUAAGAAGCUAGUACUGAAGGACUUGAAAAAAAAUACUGUGGUGCCUCUUCAAACUCAAAAAGCAUCAUGAAAAAAAUUAGUAAAGUCUCAAAAUAUAGCAAGAAAAGAAAAUAUUGUGAUAAUUAAUUAGAUAAUUUCAAGAGAUAAUUAAUAUAUGGUAAUUGUUGAAUUCAAUUGAAUUAUCCUCCAAUUAUAUACUAAUGGAAACAUGUAAUAAAGCAAAGCUGGGUACAUUGAGGUUCAAAUUACAGUGAAACCUGUGUAUAACGAUACUGUCUCUAACAAUAACCUGUCUAUAACAUUUUUUUUAAUUUUUUUUUGCCCCAGCAAAAUGUCAGCAUGAAUAAUCAAACUGUUUAUAACGAUAACCUGUCUAUUACGAUAGUUUUUUUAGGUCCCAACAGUAUCAUUGUAGACAGGUUUUACUGUAUAUGCUUUAUUUCUCAAGAUAUUUCACAGGGGAGAUGAUUUUUAGUUAUAAUUAGUAUUCAAACUUUAAAACUGAAAAACAUGUUCGAAAAACAGAAUUAUUCGUCAUAAAAUUAGCUAUUACGUUUAAUACAGUUUGUAAAAUGCACUGAUAGUUAAGAAUAUCUUUAAGAAAAUUCAGGGGGAGAAGUUGGGCAUGACAUUAUAUUUCAAUUUCUACAUGCUAUUGUUAAAGCAUCAUUUUCUGUUGAUACCUUGUUUGAUCAUCAUUUUUCCAUUGAUUCCAUAACAAAUUUCUGAAUAAAUUUUUGAAAGUACAAUUUAAAGAUAUUGAAAUUAUCUGUUCAUACAGUAAUUAAGUAAUGAUAUCCCUAAAGCAAUCAUGCAAAUAUUAAAUAGAAAAAAAAUCUGCAAACUAACACUAAUAAAUACUUUUAAUUUCAAGAAAAUAGCAAACUACAAGAACCUAAGAACAAAGACAUUCACCAAGAGUACUAAAAUAUUGUAAAUACCUAAUCUUCUGUCAUUACAAAAUAUUUCAACGAAUAUUUCAUUUUGUGUAAAAGAACUUCUUUCAUUCUUUAUCUGUGUAAGUGUGUAUAUCAUUGCUCCAUGUACAGUCAGCAUGUCUUUUCUUACAGUGGGCUUUUGUGUCAUGUCUUUCUGUACUGCAUACUUAUGUAUGUACUUCAAAUGAAAAUUAGUCUGAUUUUUAUACAAAGCAUUCAGUAUGUAUUUAUACCCAAUUAUGAGGAAAUCAUGACUUUGUAAUAAAUGCCAUUGAAACUGAUAUGGUUUAUUAUUGAUAGAAAAUCAACAUUUUACAUGCAUAACACAUAAACGCUUUACUGUUUUUUUUUUUUUUUUUAACAAAAAUUUAGUUUGUAUUUGGUAUAGGAAUGAAAAUGAAAAAAAUCAGUAAACACGUUAGUAAUGGCCAGUGCUUAGCAAAGCUUCAGUAGUGGCCACUUUAAGGUUUACCGCCUGCACGUUUGAAGCACUUUUGAAUCUAUUGGGAGAUCUGGAAUCCUAUUUUUUCAAAUAUAAACUUUGAAGUGGCUACUACUGAAGCACUGGCCACUAAAGGUGUGUUUACCUUAGUUUCUUUGUAUUGAUAAAAAUAUCCUUCUAUCAUUCAUUAUUCAGAGCACCCUGUUCACAUUCAAUCACUUAUAAGAUAGGUGUGCGGAAAUCCGAAAAUAAGCUAAAGAUAAACAAGGAGACAAAAAUUACAAACCAUUUUCGAAAAAUCACAAAAUCCUACACUUAUAAUCGAAAUAAACUAAUGGGAGACAAAAAAGAGCAAUAUAUCCGAAAGCACAAUUCAACAGAGGUCAGUAAAAUAGCAAUUUGAUUAACAUUCAUGUAAUUGAUACAAGCAUCUGCAAUAACGUUAGUUUUUCUCAUAAUAGAACAAAUUUCCAAAUAGGAGCAAUAAUGGAAAAUUAGCUUAUUGCAUUUUAGUAAAUAAAAUAAAUUUAAGACAUUUCAAUUGUUUUUUGCUGAAAUUAUUAUUAAAUUUCAGAAAAAUUUGAACAUCUAGUAUUUUCUGAAAUAUUCCAAACAAAGUGCAUGUUUUUCAUUCAAUGAAAAUAUGUAUGUAUCUUGGAGUAUAAAAAUAGUAUGAACCAUUGUUUUUUCUUUUACUGAAACACAAAUAUGAAUAUUUGAGGUCAAUCAUUAUUAUACAACCAUUUUCUAUUUGAGUUUGUCACACAGUAAUAAUUUUGGUACAUUUUCCAGGGUUCAUACUCAAUUUGGAUAAAAAAAAAUUCCAUGACUUUUCCAAAACUUUUUCAUGACUUCAUAAAAAAUUUUAUGACCUUAUUAU